UACGCGGGAAAUCCGUACAAUUAUGUCCGAACUCGUCAUGAACUUCCAAUCCCUCCGCAUUUGCACGUCAUUGACUGAACUCUGGGGCAUUGACUGAACUCUGGGGCACGUAACGACUAGAGGAAAAUCAAUCCGUCGCGUACGCAUGACUUGAGCACACACGAUAAAGAUAGAGACACGAAACGCAACUGCACAUGAUCCUGGAAUCAUUACUCCCCCGCGCUUGCGUCACGCUCGCGGACAUCGUCGGAAUGGCCGAUCGAUGUUUCAGUCGACGUUCACCCCGCGAACGAUAACAUGCACAGCCGACCCCGAAUUUUGGGAGGUAUUCAGAAGCGCAAUGUGCACUACGAGCACGACAUACAUUACGUCAUGCAGCUGUGCCGUUGGAUCCUAAAGCCGAUCGGCAUCUGGCAUUUCGUCCACAGCCGCUCGUCGCAAAAUAAAAGGCUUCUCCCAACCACGUUGAUUUUCACGUGUAUCUCCGUGCUCUGUUUCGUGCUCGUGCCUUCCGGCUCGUACGUCCUGCUCCGUGAGAAGGACAUUUAUGUUAAGGUGAAGCUCUUUGGCCCGAUCGGCUUCUGCUUAACCUCCGCAGUCAAAUACUGCUUCCUCGGUGCGCGUGGUACGGCGAUCGGCAGGUGCAUCGAACACGUAGAGGACGACUGGCGAAUCGUCCGACACGCGGAUCAUCGCAAUAUGAUGCUGAAGAACGUGCUGGUGGGUCGCAGACUUACCACUCUUUGCGUGCUUUUCCUUUACACCGGCGGGUUAUCCUAUCACACGAUCAUGCCGUUGUCCGCGAAAGUGAAGAUGAACGACAGCUUCACGAUCAGACCGCUGGUAUAUCCUGGGUACGACCAGUUCUUCGAUUCUCAGGCCAGUCCUGCUUAUGAAAUCGUCUUCUGCAUGCAUUGCCUGUCCUCUGUUAUCCAAUACACCAUCACGACAGCGGCGUGCAGUUUGGCCGCAAUUUUUGCAACGCACGCUUGCGGACAGGUACAAAUUCUGUCAACGCUAUUAAACGAUGUAGUCGACGGGAAAAGGAACGACGAGAACACUACCGUGGAGAAACGUCUGAGAGUGAUAACGAUGCAUCAUGUGCGAGUGCUAAGAUUUACGGCCGACGUAGAGGAAGUGUUGCGUGAAAUAUGCUUAAUGGAACUGGUGGCUGCGACCUUGAUCAUAUGCUUGUUGGAGUUUUAUUGCAUGAUGUACAGCAAAAUUGGUUCAGCCGCGUACGAAGUUAAUUGGUACGAUUUACAUGGACAUAAAGCUCUCGACCUCAAAAUGAUUAUCACGAUAUCACAGUAUCCACCGAAACUUACUGCUGGCAAAUUCUGUGACUUAUCCCUCAAUACUUUCAGCACGGUACUUAAGACAUCCGUAGUAUAUUUAAAUUUACUUCGGACGGUUACGGAAUAGAAAUUCCCUAUUUUUUAUUGUAGUUCGUAACAGCAACAGGUUGCAAAAGAUAGGUAAAUAUAUAUUUUUAUCCCAACGGAUG